GAUAAUGAAAUAAAAUUACGUAAUAAAAUAAUGAAACUUGCUGAAAUAGAAGGAAAACAUUUGGGAGAAUAUUAUAAAGAAAAAAAUGAAAAGGAAAAUCAAAGCUCAGACGAUGAUUAUACAUAUCGUGUUGAACCUUGUAGUGCUAUAAAAUACAGUUUUUUAGAUUAUGGAAAUAUAUUGAAAGGUAACGAUAACUUAGAACCUGAUACUACUAGUACAGGAAGUAAUCUGAAAAAAAUAUUUGAAAAUAUUUCAUCAUCAAACGAAAUAGGAGAUAGAAGAAAAAAAUUUUGGGAUGAAAAUAAAUCUUGUAUCUGGAGAUCUCUUUUAUGCGGUUAUAAAAAAGGAUAUAUAGGAAAUAAUGUUGAUAGUUCUACAAAAGAAUUACCUGAUGAUAUACAAACGUGUAUCAUACCAGACGAUAAAGAUAAUACAACAUCCACAACGAAUGGAC